UCUAGGUUGCACAAGAGCAAACUUUUCAUUACAGGUGCAAUUCCUAAAAGACAUAACCUGCUUAGCAAGGGAGCAAGAAAACCCGCUCGACUCAGAGAACAGAGUGUUCCGGCAGUCCCCGCAUGGUAGAGAGGACUCGCAAGCAGACGGCGCGGUGCUGUUUACCGUGAAGAAGCGAGUGCGUGUGCUGGAAAGCGCUGACCGCUCUAAUGGAUCGCAUGGAGCUGCAAAAAGUCAACAUCGAACCUGACGAUCGGAGCAACAGCGGGGAAAGCCUCGAAGACAACUACACGGAGCUGGUGGAUUCGGGAAAGGCUGCAAUUAGGAGUCCAUUUGCUAGUGAUGAUGCAGAAAGUCAGAAGUUCCUUACAAAUGGAUAUCUGGGUAAAAAGAAAUUGGAAGAAUAUAAUGAAGAAUAUCACCGGGGCAGAGCUUCCUUUGGAAUGUCCUCGUUCAACCUCAGCAAUGCCAUUAUGGGCAGUGGCAUCUUAGGGCUCUCCUAUGCCAUGGCUAACACGGGAAUUAUCCUUUUUGUAGUUCUGCUGCUCAGUGUAGCAAUACUGUCACUCUACUCGGUCCACCUCUUACUGAAGACAUCAAAAGAAGGAGGAUCACUAAUAUAUGAAAAACUGGGAGAAAAGGCAUUUGGCUGGCCUGGGAAGUGUGCUGUUUUCAUUUCUGUUACAAUGCAGAACAUUGGAGCAAUGUCAAGCUACCUCUUUAUUAUUAAAUAUGAACUUCCUGAAGUGAUCAGAGCAUUUAUGAAACUUGAGGAGAGUUCUGGAGAAUGGUACCUAAAUGGGAACUACCUCGUCAUACUCGUAACAGUUGCAAUUAUUCUUCCCCUCUCCCUUCUAAAGAGCUUAGGUUAUCUUGGUUAUACGAGUGGUUUUUCGCUGACCUGUAUGGUUUUCUUUGUCAGUGUGGUAAUCUUCAAGAAAUCCCAGAUACCCUGUCCUCUCCCCAUCAUGGACCAUGGGGCUGAAAACUGGACCGCCAUGAACAACACAGUGCCAAUGCACCUCGUCAUGUUGCCAAAUGAGUCUCUCGGUUCUGGUGUGAAUUUCAUGAUGGACAACACAGUUGGGCACUUGCCAGGCCUUGAGGAGCCAAAAGAUACCUCUCCCAAAAGUGGUGUAGAAUAUGAAGCACACAGCGACAGUAGUGACGCGUGUCAGCCAAAAUACUUUGUGUUCAACUCACGGACUGCCUAUGCAAUACCCAUCCUGGCAUUUGCAUUCGUAUGCCACCCUGAGGUGCUACCAAUAUACAGUGAACUGAAAGAUCGCUCCCGAAAGCGUAUGCAGAAUGUCUCAAAUAUCUCCAUCACUGGCAUGCUCAUCAUGUAUCUUCUGGCUGGCCUCUUUGGAUACCUUACCUUCUACGGAGAAGUUGAAGAUGAGCUACUUCAUACGUACACCAAAGUGUACACCUUCGACGCCCUCUUGGUGUCAGUUCGCCUGGCAGUGCUGAUGGCUGUAACCCUGACCGUGCCCCUUGUCCUGUUCCCCAUCCGUUCAUCUAUCAGUGCAUUGCUGUUUCCCAAAAGGCCAUUCAGCUGGAUAAGACAUUUCCUGAUUGCAGCAGUAAUUCUUGCUUUUAAUAACCUGCUUGUAAUUUUUGUCCCGACUAUUAAAGACAUCUUCGGAUUUAUUGGUGCCUCUUCUGCCACCUUGCUGAUUUUCAUCCUCCCUUCUGCGUUCUACUUGCGGCUCGUUGAGAAGGAGCCCCUGAGGUCUCCCCAGAAGAUCGGGGCUCUAAUUUUUCUCAUAGCUGGUAUGAUCUUCAUGGUUGUGAGUAUGACCCUUAUUGUAAUGGACUGGAUUUACAAUUCCCCAAGUUCCAGACACCACUAACCUGUGGAGACAACUGAGUGCUUUUUAUACCAUAAAUAUUUGUAUUGUGUGCUCCAAAGGAUACCUAAACUGGACUGUCAUUCCUAGCUAGUAACUGCAGUAUUUUGAAGACAGUUUCUGGUAAGGUCGCUAGAAGCCAAUGGAGUCUACUUCAUCCUUUUCACUAAGGAUUGUUAUUUAUGCAUUUAGGAACCUGAGCUUAGCAUUUCUAGCCAGGUUAAAUGAAAUGUGUGGUGUGGAUGCUUUCUGUUUUCAAAACCAAAAUAACUGUGUACAUAGUCCUCAAAAAUAGCUUGGUUUCAGCCUUUUCAACCUCUCCCGUCAUGCCAAUAACCACAGUUCCUAGAGCCUUGGAAAAUUAAUGGCCAGAAAACCAUCUAGUGCCUUGUUUUCUGUCUGGAGCUGGUGGGAGUGGCUGCCCCGCUCCAAGAGAAAGGGUACGGUUUCUGUAGGGGAUCCGAAAGGUGACUGCUCCCUACCAACCUGUCUAUCAGAAAGGCGACAGCUUUGACAAGCCAGUGGACAAAACUGAGCAUCAGAUUAGUUGCCCAAAUUCAUCGCCCUCAGCAGGUGACCGCUGCCAUACAGAAUAAAGCUCUACUGGCACAGACUCUGUGCUGGGCUGCGUGCUUGAAGAACAGUUGAGCAUUCAUGUUUUGUUGUUAAAGAUGCCUGUGCUGGAAAUGUCAGGCAUUUCUGCUGUGGGUUUCUUUGGUUUUCUUUACUUUUUUAAGUCUUGUGUGAGCUUGCAUCACUGAACAAGUUGCACCCUCCGUAGAAACUUGUCUUCCAUUGUCACAGGAAUUUAAGGAGACCACAAGGUGUGGCUAAGCACCCUAUCCAGUAUUGUUCAGUACUUGUGUAUUUGAUAAAUGUUCAGUGCAGAAAACUGUAAUUUGCUAUAUAUAAAAAUAUAUGUAUUUAUGUACAUAAUUUUUUGUUUUCCUCUAGUUAUAAAAACGCUACCCUGUGGUAAAUGAUUUUUGCAAUUUUUUUAUGUGUCACUCUCUUUUCAUAGCCACACACUUAAUAUUGUUUCAAAGAAAACAUAUUGGAUUGGUGGGUUUGUAAAAGGUUCGUUUUCAUUCAGCAAUGUUUGAAAUACACCUGUAGCGAGCCCUAACUGUUACCUGUGUAAAAACACAUUCAGAUGUUUACUACUUAAGUUACAAUAAAUUGCAAGAUGUUUUCCUCUUGAGAAUUUUUAAUAUGUGCCUCAAAGUUCUGUAUUACCAUUGUACACCACAAAUUUGGGUGACUUGCUCGGUUGCUGUGCCUUAGCUUGUCUAUGCGUAUGCUAGCAUUCAACAACAUACAUAAUUAAGGUAUGCAAAGGAAAAGGCAUUACUGAUAAUCUCAAGUGUAUCAUGCUAUGCAGCUGUACAAGACAGAAAAGAAAAAAAAAAAAGGUUAAGUUCUGUGUUAUAUGGAUGCUUAAUUAACACUCGGUACCCUCCAGACUGUGUUUUUGGCUGGGCUGUGGAGUAUCCACUACAUACGCUCUCUGUACGCGCCAGGGGAAAACAGUCAGAAAAGUCACGUUAACUCCAUAGCAGAGGGAACAAGUGGGAAGGUGCGACUGUUGUUUUCGACACGCUUACACAAAUCUAGGCUCACGUAACUGGAGUUUUCAUUUUCCAACUUAGAAAUCUGUUGAGUGUGCACCUGAGAGCUCAGAAAGCCAGAAAGCACACAGAAGUUGUCUCCGCUCACUCCUCGGCUUCGCACGAAAUUCUGUCUGUGUGCGCGUAAAUGCGUGUACACUUCCAGGUUAACUGGAAAAGAAUAUCAAAUAUGUAUUCCAUGCCAACUGCUAUCUUUCUAAGCAGUAUUUUAUGCUCACUUGAGUACUGUAUCCUUAACAUACCGGGGCACGCUUCCUCAUGAAUGCCAAGUCUGGCUUUGCACUUUUUAAAGAAAAAGGUGCCAAUAAUCUUUUGCUCUAUUUUAAGCAGACUAAUACAAAUAAUGCUGUAUUAUUACUGAAGAGACUUUUAACAUGGACUAGAGUUAAUAGUAACACACCCGCACACCUCUCUUCCUGUUACCAUUACUGAGAGUUACAUGGAGGGAAGAACUGAACUGUAACUGCGUCUUUGCUUCAGAGCAAAAGCACACAUAGUGACUGCAGCUGCACGUAGAGACUUAGGAAUUCAUGUAACCCAUCUAAAACAUAGAUGACCUCAAGAAAAAGAAGAGAAAAACUACGGAACAAUGGCAUAACUCUCUGCCUUUUCACAGCAUAAAACUGUCAGUGUCCAAAAUUAGAGGUAGAGAGUCUGUAAAAUGUCAAUUUUUCAAGUUGGUCACAGCGAUAUGCAGCUGCUGUGCACACUGGGAGUAAGGGUAGUAUUGCACACUAACUUAUUAGCACUGCUGGGAAUGGUGCAUGUUGGAGUUUCUUGUUCGUUUUGUAAUGUUGACAAUAGGCCUUGUGAGGAUUUUUAUUACAAAACCAUCCAUGGAUGUACAAUAAAUGAAUUUUUCAAAGA